AUGGCUUCCCAGGAUGCAUCCACCGACAUCAAGAGCUCUGCGAACGAGAUUCCAACUGAGCCCAAAAAUGGCUUCCAAGACACUAAGCAAGCGGACGCCGAGCAGAGCUACCCGGAAGCUAAUCCCGGCGAGCUGAAGCGCAAACUGAAGAGCAGGCAUCUUCAGAUGAUCGCUAUCGGUGGCACAAUCGGAACAGGUCUCUUCAUCUCCAGCGGCACUGCAAUCGCAUACUCCGGACCCGCAGGCGCAUUAAUCGCCUAUAUCUUUGUCGGCUCCAUCGUAUACUCGGUCAUGAGCUCCCUUGGCGAGGUCGCAACAUAUAUCCCAAUUCCCGGUGCCUUCACGUCGUAUGCGGCACGUCUGAUCGAUCCUAGUCUCGGUUUCUCUAUGGGCUGGAUCUACUGGUUCAACUGGGCAUCUACCUUUGCGGUCGAAUUAACCGCCACCGGAACUAUCAUCCAGUACUGGAACAAAGAUCUGAAUAUUGCGAUUUUCAUCGGAGUAUUCUGGGUUCUGAUUACGGCUUUAAACUUCCUUCCUGUCAAUUUCUACGGCGAGUUGGAAUUCUGGUUCUCGACUAUCAAGGUGGCAACUGUCAUCGGAUUUAUGAUCUUCGCCAUUUGCAUUGACGUCGGUGUCGGAGACCAGGGCUAUAUCGGCUUUAAAUACUGGCACAACCCAGGAGCCUUUGCUACAUACUUGGUCAACGCUCCGGAGUCAGUUGGCAAAUUCGUUGGCUUCUGGGCUGUCCUUAUCCAGGCAGGCUUUUCCUACCAAGGCACCGAGCUUGUCGGUGUGGCAGCAGGAGAGACCGAGAACCCCCAGAAGACCGUGCCCUCGGCCAUCCGCAAGACCUUCGUCCGUAUCCUUCUCUUCUUCGUCCUGACCAUCUUCUUCAUUGGUCUUCUCGUCCCAUACGACAACAAACGCCUUGCCACUGCCGAAACCAAUGCCUCUUCUUCGCCAAUGGUCAUCGCAGCCGAUCUAGCCGGAGUCAAGAUCCUCCCCAGCCUGAUCAACGCCGUUCUCCUCAGUGUCGUCCUAUCCGCCGCAAACUCCAACGUCUACAGUGGCAGUCGAGUGCUUACCGGACUUGCUUACGAAGGCUUCGCCCCGGCCUGCUUCGGAUGGGUCACAAAGCACGGAGUCCCAUACAUCAGCGUGUCAUUUACCGCCCUGUUUGGCCUACUAGGCUUUAUGAACGUCUCCAACGAUGCCGGCCAAGUCUUCAACUGGCUCGUCAAUCUCUCCAGUGUCGCCGGAUUCGUGACAUGGGCCUGUAUCAACGCUUCGCACAUCGCUUUCAUGCGCGCCCUGUCUGCCCGUAACAUUUCUCGCGAUACCCUUCCCUACAAGGCCGUCCUCCAGCCCUAUCUUGCCUGGUACGGGCUCUUCUUCAACGUCCUCAUUGCCCUAACCCAGGGAUUCACGUCUUUCAUCCCUGUGUUCAAUGUCUCCGACUUCUUCGUCGCUUACAUCUGUAUUAUCGUCUUUGUGGUGCUCUACGCUGGCCACAAGGUCAUCGUCCGUCCAGCGUUUAUUCGCUCUGCCGAAGCUGAUCUUGACACCGGUCGUCUUCACUACGAGAAGGUAACUGGACCACCCAAGCCUUGGUAUUGGAGAGUAUGGGGCUGGGUCACCAAGUAA